AUGAGUCAGCGGUUCGGACCGUAUCGAGUGGGGGAGACGAUUGGACGCGGCACAUUCGCUAAAGUGAAGAUUGCAGUACAUGAGCUAACGGACACAAAAGUUGCCCUUAAGAUCAUCCCCCGGAAGGUUAUGGAUGAUUCCAAGUCCAGCACGAAACUGACGCGCGAAAUUGGGAUACUGCGUACGCUGCAGCAUCCAAACAUAAUGAAACUCUACCAGGUGGUGCAAACCAAGCAGGAUAUUGUGCUGAUACUGGAAUAUGUAUCCGGUGGGGAGUUGUUUGAUUAUAUAUGCCAGCGGGGGCCGCUUGCUGAAGAUGUUGUACGACACAUCUUUCAGCAAAUAGCAGCAGGUGUUGCAUACUGUCACAGAUACCGUGUCAUUCACCGUGAUCUCAAACCAGAGAAUAUCCUGUUGGAGAAGAAUACGAACACCGUGAAGAUUGCUGACUUUGGUUUGUCGUCGUACACACACGAUGGUCGCUUCUUAGAAACUAGCUGCGGCACACCAAACUAUGCUUCACCGCAGGUGGUCAGUGGUGAGAUGUAUGCAGGACCCGAUACAGAUGUGUGGAGUUGUGGUGUAAUUCUUUACACAAUGUUGGUGGGCGCUCUUCCCUUCGAGGACACAAAUGUGGCAGCACUCUUCCAAAAGAUCAAAAGGGCGGAGUACCUGGUACCUGAAAGCGUGUCACCACAGGCACAUGAUCUUCUGCGGCGAAUGCUGGUGGUAAACCCGCUUGAGCGCGCCACGAUGGAGCAGGUAAUUCAGCACCCAUGGGUUCGGCCUCACUAUCCCCCCUGUCUCCUGUCUUUGCACUAUGAUGCCAUUCUUCACUCCAUGCGCUUCGGCAAGUCACUGGAGCUAUGUGGCGAGGAAUUGGAUGAAAAAGUAGUUGAGGAUGUAGCGGAACUAUUCGAGGUCCCUACUAGCGAGGUUGCUGCUGCUAUUUCUAAAUACGACAACAGCAUGUCGGGGUUGUUUACGUCUAAUACGGGCACUGACGGUGAAGCUGCGACACGGUACCCUGCCCAGUCCUUCUACGAGUCUUACGCAAACGCCGUGGACGUCAAGCAUUGGCCGUCGCCGCUUGUUAUUUCUCAUGCGGAGAAGGCUCUUCGUGAUAAGGAAAAUAAUAUGUACGUGUCGUAUCUUAUAUUGUUACAGCGCAAACAGCAGGAGACUCCCCUCCAAGCACUUCCCUCUUCAGAUCUAACAACUGACGCUGUGGGUUCUUUCUUCAUGUCAAUGGGCGUGAAUCAGGGUUACGGCUCUCUUACCGCCAACUCUUUGCAACCAAUGUCGCUGUUUGGAAUAUCUCUUCCUCAAAGUUUGGCGCCACAAUCAAAUGGAGAUGCCCUACAACUUAUGCAAAAGCAAGGCAACGUAACCUUUUGUGGUUCGCUUCCCGCGCAUGUGCAAGCAGAGAAGCUGGAAUUGGUGGAGAUAGAUGCUUAUAUGGAAAGCUAUAAUAAAGUAGUGGAACCGUUCAUUCCAUUAUACUCCUCUACAUCGAAGCGUACGCUUCUGGGUAAACUGUUUCGUGUGACUGAGAUCCCAGUUUCUGUCAAUUCUGAUUUAUCUUCUUUGCGAGGGUCGUUCGCGUCCACUGUUGAUGAGGAGCUCGGCGGUUCACUCAUCAGGUCAAUGGUCGGUUCCCGUUCAGCUCCUGCCUCAUCUCACAGAGAUCCUAACCGGCUCCUUCGGCCUCUGUCCUCCACGAAGAAACAAAAAAUCAGUAAAACCACAGCGGAGAAAAGUAGGGCAAAGCGGGUUGACACCGCAGGAUCCGCAGCGGGAAAGUCAUCGGAAGUACUUCAGUGCAAUGUGGUUGCUAAACCUGGUUUUAAUGGUUAUAUGCACAACGGUGUGCGGUUUGUCAACAUAGACGCGGCAGCGACGUUGCGCUGUGUAUACAGCUCUCUGAAAGCUGAGGGGCUGCUAUGGAAACAAAUACGUCCUUUUUAUCUUGCGGCCGUCAUGCACCCGUGUGUAAAACUACAGGUGAGGAUUUUUAGGAUCCAGGCAAAUGACCAAGUAGUUGAUGUGAGAGUGUCAUCGCAGAGUGGAAUGAUGGGUUGCGUGACGGCUGCAAAACUCAUAGAUCGGUUGUGGAGUAAAGCUGUGGCCCUUACGCCUGUAAAGGUAGAAGAGGGACCACGGUUGGGUAAGUUCACCGUAUGCACUUGA